CCAGACCUAGUAUGGCCUUCAGAGGACACAGCUGUCCCCUGUGCUCUCUGCCGACACUCUCCACGCCCCUGCUGGGCGCCGGCUGCCACACAGAGAGCUGGGGACACAGCAGAGACCCUGUAGCCCAGGUCACCCUCAUGGAGAGCUGGGUCUAGCGGGGAGAUGCCAGUUAGCGGAGCCUUCCCGAGGUGCCACCGCCAGCACGGCCAGGCCAGCAUGGUGGACCACUUGCUUCCAGUGGACGAGAGCUUCUCGUCGCCGAAGCGCCCGGUGGGCUACUUGGGCGGCAGACUGGCUGGUGGGCGGGGCUACCACAUGCUGCCCUCGCCCCUCUCGGAAGACGACAGCGACACGUCCAGCCUCUGCUCCUGCGCCAGCCCUGACACGCAAGGCCUCUGCUCCUGCUACAGCGGUGGCCCAGGCACCGAGGGCCAGGACAGCAUCUUGGACUUCCUGCUGUCCCAGGCCACGCUGGGCACCGGGGGUGGAGGCAGUGGGGGUCACCUCGGGGCCCACGGUGGCCCUGUGGCCUGGGGGGCCUGGCGGAGGGCCCCAGUGCCCGUGAAGGGGGAGCACUUCUGCUUCCCUGAGUUUCCCUCCGGCCACCCUGAUGACGUCCCCAGACCCUUCCAGCCCACCCUGGAGGAGAUUGAAGAGUUUCUGGAGGAGAACAUGGAGCCAGGGGUCGGGAAGGUCCCUGAGAGCGGCAGCAAAGACUCGGAGGCCUGCGGGCAGCUCUCGGCCUCACCUCACAGGAGCCACCUGCACCCCGGCUCUGCCGGGAAGGAGCUCGGUAGUGGCGGUACCAGCGGCACGGGUGGCAGCCAGGGCCCGGGUGGGGGGCCGACCCCCGACGGCACCCUCCCGGUGCUGCUGCAUAUCCAGCCAGUGCAGGCGAAGCAGGAGUCCAGUGCCACCGCUGAGCCCGCCUCCCCUGGGCAGGCCCCCGAGAGCAUCAAGGUGGCCCAGCUCCUGGUGAACAUCCAGGGCCAGACCUUUGCGCUCGUGCCCCAGGUGAUGCCCUCCUCCAGCCUGAGCCUGCCCUCCAAGUUUGUGCGCAUCGCCCCCGUGCCCAUCGCUGCCAAGCCCAUCGGCUCGGGGACCCUGGGGCCCGGCCCCGCUGGCCUCCUGGUGGGCCAGAAGUUCCCCAAGAACCCUGCGGCAGAACUCAUCAAAAUGCACAAAUGUACUUUUCCCGGCUGCAGCAAGAUGUACACCAAGAGCAGCCACCUGAAGGCGCAUCUGCGGCGCCACACCGGCGAGAAGCCCUUCGCCUGCACCUGGCCGGGCUGCGGCUGGAGGUUCUCCCGCUCUGAUGAGCUGUCCCGGCACCGGCGCUCGCACUCGGGCGUGAAGCCCUACCAGUGCCCGGUGUGCGAGAAGAAGUUCGCCCGGAGCGACCACCUCUCCAAGCACAUCAAGGUGCACCGCUUCCCCCGCAGCAGCCGCUCGGUGCGAGCCGUCAACUGAGCCCUGGACGCCCGCUCCCCGCUCGCCGCUCGCCGCUCCCAGUCCGCUCCCAGUCCGCUCUUUUGUAGCAAUAACUUAUUUGCCUCCUUCACAGGCCCACGGCAGUGCUCCCAGCCCGCCUUCCUAAGGCUCCCCUCCCGCCCCCAGGUGCAGGAACAAAGGGGGGCGGGUCUGGGAGGCUUCUGCCCAGGCCCAUGCCCCCAACCCAGCGGCGCCUCUUCCGGAGACUUAGAGCGGCUCCCAAGUCCCUGGGGGCUGGGUCCCCGGGACCCCCACCUCCUCGGGAGUGGAGGCCGGCCUCGGUGCCUUCCUGUCUUCGUGCCUUUCAGGGCCUGUGCUGGGGACCUGGCGCUUCCCUUCCCGCACCGGGCUCCCCUAUGGGGCCCUGGCCAGGAUUUCAUUGCCGGGGAAGAAAGGAGGAGUCCAGGACGUUUGUCCAAGACGCCUGGCUCAGCGCAGGAGCAGAGGAAUGGUUGGGCUCAGGUAUUUCGGCGGGGCCUGGUAGCCACCUCUGGGGGGUGGGGGUGGGGUAGGCAGUGCAUGUGCUGUAGUUAAAUGUGGCAGGAAAGGGUAGACAGACAGACAGACAGACAGACAGACAGACAGGCAGAGGCAGGGGAGCCCCAGAGCUUCCACACCCAGCAAGGCUCAGCCCCUCUUCCCAUCUCCAGAUAAACCCAGACACCCUUUGUGGGGCUUCAGGCUGGAGGGGAGAGGAGAGGGGGGAGCAGGCUGCGUUGCAUGUGGGAGAGAUAGAGCCUCCCAGCUCCUGACACAGAGACGUCUUCCUCACCUGGACUAGAAAUUACUAUCAAAUGAACUAGCUUGUUUGGACGGGUUUAUUUCACAUCCUAUGAAUGUAUGUAAAUAAACUGUACAUAGGUACAUCCACAUAAGAUGUCUUUUAAUAACAUCGGCAUUUGUGUACAUUUUAGAUUUAAACAAAGAAGAGAAUCUAUGAGACUGAUGUACAUAUGUGACAAUUAUGUAUAUUUUCUUUGGUCCUUCAUAAUAUAUAUAUAUAUAUAUAUAUUUACUUUGCCAAUAAAAAGAAAAAAGAACUCAGUUGCUCUCAGUGGCUGUCCUGUGCUGUCUUGCUUGACUCCACCAGGAAAUGGGGGUAUUCUGGAAGACCUUGUUUGGUGCCCCUGGGGAGAUGUGGAGGCCUCCCUGGGGUCUGGCAUGUGGCCUCUCCACCCCACCCUAGAUAGUCACCUCUGGAAAGCCACCUGUACCCAGGCUCAGCCCACAGGGGUCGAAGUCCCUCCUUUUUCUUUUUUUUUUUUUUUAAAUUGCACACUAGGAAACUCAGGUUACCUCCCCCUUGCAGGGCAUCAGGAAUGCACUGGAGUCUUGGCCAGGCAGAGUCUGGGACCUCCUCUCUCUCCAGGUGCCUCCCCAAAGCCCCCAAACUCCUGGGGUUUCCAUCCUGCAGCUGAGGUUUGGCUGCAUCCAUGUCAGGUGGUCUGGGAGGCUGAGGGCAGCAGGGAGCAGAGGUCAUGAGCUGUCCAGGGAUGAGCUCUUCUGGCAGAGCAGGGCAGGGGAACGAGACAGUGGAGCCACAGCCAGAUGGCUGUCCGCUAGCUCCGCCCAAGUGAAGUGAGAGGCGGGGCCUUCUGGCUGCAGCAUGGGGCAGGCACUUCUCAGUGACAGCUUCAGGGCUGUGGGAGCAGGUGGAACCCACAGGCUUUAGCAGGUGGGCCUGGGCACCUCUGCAGGGGAAGCCACUGCUCCCCUGUGCUGGAGUCUCUGUCCUGGCCUCAGGCAGCUGGCAGUUCAGUACACAGCUCGGCUUGGGUGGCUGGAAUGUGGACGGUCUAUCCUGAGCCCCCCCCCCCACCCCCGGUUCUUUUGACCAUAGAUUCUUGGCACUCGGAUGCACUGGGGGGAGUGAGACAUGGAUCUCUCUCUGUGUUAGUUUCGUCUGCACACAGGGGACACCAGGGCAGGGCAGUCACCCCAAAGGAGGCCUGAGACUUCAAGCCAGUAACUUGGGCUGCUACCUCAUCUAGGGUGACCCCAGCUGCCUGAGACUUAAGCAAUCAACUAAGGACCUACCCCAAAAGGCAACUCGGGGAGCUGCCUGUCACCUCCGUGGUAGUUGGCUUUUCUUUAAUGACAUGUGAUGCGAGCAUGUUCUCAGAUGCCCGUGGACGUUUCCUUUAGGGAGCUGACUGUUUGGAUCUUUGGCCAUUUUUAUAAUGGGUUGUCUGUUUGCUUUACUUUGCCUGUUGCUUUCCAAUA